GGAGCCGGUUGGAAGCGGUUCCCCGCCCGCCCGCCGCACAGAAGCGCGGAGCCGGCCCCGCUCACGCCGCCGGCGCCAUGGGGCUGAGCUAGGGGGCGCCGCGCCGCCGGAGGUCUUCCGGUAUCUGAAGUUGAGGACUUCCUUAUCUCAGUAAAGAUGGAAAAGGAAGAAAAGAAGAUUGUCAAUACAGGCGAGGAGGAUGAGAUGGAGAUUUAUGGUUAUAAUCGGUGCCACUGGAAGCUAGUUUUAGUUGCUAUAGGGGUGCUUUGUACUGGUGGCUUCCUCCUCCUUCUCCUCUACUGGAUGCCUGAGUGGCGUGUGAGAGCAACGUGCAAAAGGACUACACUUAAGGACUGUGAAGUGGUGCUACUGAGAACGACUGAUGAAUUCAGGAUAUGGUUUUGUGCAAAGAUUCGUAUUGUGCUUUCUCGGGGAGACAACCCAUUACAGAAUCUGCAAUCUAUUGAAGGCAAAGUUUCAAAUGGCCAUAGUGGUCAUUCAUGUGAAAGCCCUGCUGAAGAGAAUAGAAACAACCCGAACAAAUAUUCUCCUAUUCGCUAUUUCACACACCACAGUGUAAAGUAUUUCUGGAAUGAUGCAGUCCAAAGUUUUGUCAUCAUAAAGGGACUGGAUGAGUCUACUUCCUGCUCUUCAAUUCAUAAUGAACAUAGUAAAGGUUUGACUAAGGAGGUGCAUGACGACAGAAAAGUAUUCUAUGGAGUAAAUGAAAUUGCCGUGAAAGUGCCUUCCAUUUUUAAGCUUCUGAUUAAGGAGGUUCUAAAUCCGUUUUACAUUUUCCAACUGUUCAGCGUGAUAUUGUGGGUCACUGAUGAAUAUUACUACUAUGCAUUAGCGAUUGUGAUUAUGUCUGUGAUAUCCAUUGUUAGCUCAUUGUACACCAUUAGAAAGCAAUAUAUUAUGUUACAUGACAUGGUGGCGGCUCACAGCAUUGUCAGAGUUUCUGUCAGCAGAGCGAAUCAAGAAAUAGAAGAGAUCCUUUCCACAGACCUUGUGCCUGGAGACAUCAUGGUGAUUCCAUCUAAUGGGACAAUCAUGCCCUGUGAUGCAGUACUUGUCAGUGGUACUUGCAUCGUUAAUGAAAGCAUGUUAACAGGUGAAAGUGUUCCUGUAACAAAGACUAAUCUCCCAAAUCCUGCAGAAGACCCAAAAGCAAUGGGAGAUGAAGUAUACAGUCCAGAAGUACAUAAGCGACACACGUUGUUCUGUGGGACCAAUGUCAUUCAAACCCGUUUUUAUACUGGAGAACGAGUCAAAGCCAUAGUAGUGAGAACAGGCUUUAGUACGUCAAAAGGACAGCUUGUUCGUUCUAUACUGUAUCCAAAGCCAACUGACUUCAAACUCUACAGAGAUGCCUACAUGUUUCUGCUGUUCCUUGUGGUGGUGGCAGGAGUUGGGUUUCUUUACACAGUUGUCAAUAGCAUACUAAAUGAGGUUCCUGCUCAUAUAAUAAUCAUUGAGUCUCUUGACAUUAUAACCAUCACUGUACCACCUGCACUUCCUGCUGCAAUGACUGCUGGGAUCGUUUAUGCACAGAGACGGUUGAAAAAGAUUGGUAUCUUCUGCAUCAGUCCUCAGAGGAUAAAUAUCUGUGGCCAAUUGAAUCUCGUGUGUUUUGACAAGACUGGCACGCUUACUGAAGAUGGCUUAGAUCUUUGGGGGAUCCAAAGAGUGGGAAAUGCUCGUUUCCUUUUUCCGGAAGAGAGAGCUUGCAGUGAGAGCCUGGUGACGUCUCAGUUUGUUGCUUGCAUGGCAACUUGUCAUUCACUCACGAAAAUUGAAGGAGUGCUUUCUGGGGACCCGCUCGAUUUAAAGAUGUUUGAAGCCAUAGGAUGGAUUCUUGAAGAAGCAACUGAAGAGGAAACAGCUCUUCACAAUCGAAUAAUGCCAACUGUGGUUCGACCUCCAAAACAGCUUCUUCCAGAAUCCAAACCUGCCACAAAUCAAGAAAUGGAACUAUUUGAGCUCUCGGCCAGUUAUGAGAUUGGAAUUGUGCGUCAGUUUCCAUUUUCUUCUGCUUUGCAACGCAUGUGUGUAGUAGCAAGAGUGCUAGGGGAGAAGAGAAUGGAUGCGUUCAUGAAAGGUGCCCCAGAGGUGAUUGCCAGUUUGUGUAAACAAGAAACAGUUCCUGUUGAUUUUGAAACCAUUUUGGAAGACUACACUAAGCAGGGCUUCAGAGUUAUUGCUCUUGCUCACAGAAAAUUGGAAUCAAAACUUUCAUGGCACAAAGUCCAGAAUAUUAACAGAGAUGCCAUUGAAAGCAACAUGGAUUUUAUGGGGUUAAUUAUCAUGCAAAACAAACUAAAGCAAGAAACCCCUGCUGUACUUGAAGACUUGCAUAAAGCCAACAUUCGCACUGUCAUGGUCACAGGUGAUAACAUGUUAACUGCUAUCUCUGUGGCUAGAGACUGUGGAAUGAUUCUACCUCAGGAUAAGGUCAUUAUUGCUGAAGCGCUACCUCCAAAGGAUGGGCAAGUUGCCAGGAUAAACUGGCAUUAUGCAGAUACCCUCACAAAAUGCACUAAUUCAUCACCAGCCAUUAACUCACAGGAUAUUCCAAUUAAAUUGGUCCAUGAAAGUCUUGAGGACCUCCAGCUGACUAAAUAUCAUUUUGCAAUGAAUGGAAAGUCAUUCGCAGUUAUACUGGAGCAUUUUCAGGACCUUGUGCCCAAGCUGGUGUUGCAUGGCACUGUAUUUGCCCGCAUGGCACCUGAUCAGAAAACCCAGCUAGUGGAAGCGUUACAAAAUGUGGAUUACUAUGUUGGCAUGUGUGGAGAUGGUGCAAAUGACUGUGGUGCACUGAAGAAGGCCCAUGGUGGUAUAUCACUGUCUGAACUUGAGGCUUCUGUGGCAUCACCAUUCACCUCCAGAACUCCUAGUAUUUCCUGUGUGCCAAACCUUAUCAGGGAAGGCCGUGCUGCUUUAAUAACUUCCUUUUGCGUAUUUAAGUUUAUGGCUUUGUACAGCAUUAUCCAGUAUUUCAGCGUUACCCUACUAUAUUCUAUCCUGAGUAAUUUAGGAGAUUUCCAGUUUCUUUUCAUCGAUCUGGCAAUCAUUUUGGUUGUUGUCUUUACCAUGAGUUUAAAUCCUGCUUGGAAGGAGCUUGUUGCACAAAGGCCACCUUCAGGUCUCAUCUCAGGUCAACUUCUCUUCUCAGUUCUGUCUCAGAUUAUCACCUGCCUUGGUUUUCAAACCAUAGGAUUUAUUUGGGUCAAACAGCAACCCUGGUAUGAGCCCUGGACCACACAGUCAGAUGCCUGUAACUUAUCAGCAGCCACAAACACCAGUUCCUCCCAACAUGAGAAUGAAACUCUUCAUGAUGAGCACAAUAUCAAAAACUAUGAAAACACAACGGUGUUUUUUAUCUCCAGCUUUCAGUACCUCAUAGUGGCAAUUGUCUUUUCUAAAGGGAAGCCCUUUAGGCAGCCUUGCUACAAAAAUGUUCUGUUUGUUAUAUCUGUGAUAUUUAUUUAUAUCUUCACAUUAUUCAUCAUGUUGUAUCCAGUUGAAUCCAUUGACGGGGUUCUUGAGCUAGUUUGUGUACCAUAUCAGUGGCGUAUAACAAUUCUCAUCAUCAUCAUCAUCAAUGCAAUUGUAUCCGUCUUGGUGGAGAAUAUCCUCCUUGACAUGAUCCUUUGGAAGGUUGUGUUCAGUCGAGACAAACAAGGAGAAUAUCGCCUCACCAUAGCCCAGCCACCUCAGGAGCCUUUGGAUCGCUGGAGAGGAUGCUUCCUUUCCUCCCUGUUUGGCUGCAGAAAGAAGAUUCCAAAAGCCAAGUACAUGCACUUAGCUCAGGAACUGUUGGUUGAUCCAGAAUGGCCACCAAAACCUAGAACAACUACAGAAGCUAAAGAUCCAACCCAGGAAAAUGGUUCAUAUCCAGUAAUCACUGUAACGUAACAAUGAAUCUCAGUGGUUUUGUACUUCCGAGGGUUCAAAUACAGCCAUGGAAGUAGGCGCAGCUCCUGCUGAAGUCCCUGGGAAUUGCACCUUCUUACCUCAGGGCAGGGUUCAGCCCUAUUUGCCUGUGUAUCACUUUGAAAGGAAGAUGUGGUUUGUCAGGUGUACAGAAAGCUAGCAAACUAGAUCUGGCCCCAAAUUAGCAAGUUCAGUUCAUACGUUGAAGUAUGUUGGACUUCAGAGUUUGUGCUUAAAAGAAACCUUUUUGUAAAUUGUUCUUGAAAGCUAAUGAAUUCAGAUGAACAGAACUAUUUAGUGGGUCCUACUAAAUACUCUUGAUGGUCUUUUUUCUUUCUAUUAUAUAAUUCAGCCUCACACUGAAGAGUUUGAUUCAGAUUUUCUUAUUAAAUUAUUUAAGUGUAUACAGACCUAAAUUUAAAUCUGUAUAUGUCUUACUUCACUGUGUUAGGAUUUGUAAAUAUAUCUGAUAUAAAUAUUAUUUAUGCACAUACGUAAAAGAAUGGUCUACCCAGGAAAGCAAUUGUUAAAUAAUAAAUGUAACUUUUAAAAAUUUUUAAAUAAAUAACCAGAUCUUUAAAAUGUCUAUCCCUCAGGGUUGUUUUUAAAGUUCUCCUUCCCUUCAGAUAUAAUUAGUGGUAACUGUAGAUUUCAGACAUUAUAUAACCAAGUCUGCUGUAAAAUAGGCUGCAAAUAAUGCUUGAGUCAAAGUGGAGAAGCCAACCACAAAGCAAAGAUUGUUUAGAUUCGUUUGUAAACUUUAAAUUGGGAACUCUUACAAUUGCACUUUUAUUUUUAAAAUGGUCACAGUUUUUUAUUCUAUUUAUUUUAUUUCUUCUGUGUUUAUGAAGAUUGUGCUGAAUCAGUUCAUCCGAAAUUGGUAAAUAAUCCUCUACUGUAUUAUGUAUAUAUUAUAUUAACAUUAAACACACGCAGGAUGCUUUUUUAUGCUGCAAAUUUUUUAGUAUUUUCCUUGGUCAUUACAACAUUCAAGAUUUAGGAAGUGCUUUAGAAUUUCUCCCAUGAAAUUUUGAAUUAUAAAAUUAGAUUUUUGUAUGUCUGAGGGAAAGGGGUGGUUUUCUGACAAUUUUUAGAGUCCUGAAUAUGUUAAUUUUAUACAGUACAGCAUCAGGGUUUUACAGCUAUUUUCAAUCAAUUGCAGCUUGUUUGAUAAUUUUGAACCAGAAACUACUCUUAGUUUAGGUAAUGACUUCCUUGAAACUAACAAAAAUAGAAGGCUUGUGAUUUUAGCAUUCUCUGGAAGCUCACCUUCCUCUUAUUUUUAAAAAGCUAGUUUAAAUCAGAAGUGAUACUGCAUCUUUAUAUUUAAAAACAUGUAAUGCUGCUCUAGAAUGGUACCCAGUUGUCAAAGAGGCACACAUGCAUAACUGUACAUUACAAUUGUAAAUAGCCUUGUAAAAUCAUUUUUACGAUUGAAGCUAUUUGAAAUAAAAAUGUAAAUGAACA